AUGUAUAAUUCGCGAUCAUAUAGAACCAAACGUAGAAGAAUUCAAAAUGAACUUCUAGCUUUAGAAUCAUCUUGUUCCAAUGAUGAUGAUAAUAAUGUUGAUGAUGACGAUUUGGUUUUGAAUUAUAAUAGUAUAACAAAUGAUCAAAAUCGACAUGAUUGUUCUUGUAUGGUGGAAAAUAAUUCCAAGAGUGUAUCUAUUGAAGAUUUAUCUGUUGGAUUUGAUAACUUGGACCACACUCAGUAUGUCAUAAGUAAUAACGAGGGAGCAUCAAUAAGUGGAUUAAAUAAAAUUCAUGAAGAUGAUGUACAUUUUAACCAUAAAAAAAACGUUAAACAUGCUAUUGGGAAAUGGGCAGUAGAUUUUAAUGUUCCUCAAAAUGCUGUAAAUGCGCUUUUAGAUGUACUAAAAAAUAAAGCCGGCCUUGACUUUUUGCCAAAAGAUUGUAGGACAUUGCUACACAAUAAAUCAACCAAAAUUUUAAAUUUGAGAACUAUGAGCUCCACUGCUGAAUAUUAUCAUUUUGGAUUGGGUAAUGGUAUUAAAAGAUGUGCAUCAAUUUUUUCUUUAGAUGACAAAGUUAAAAUCGCAAUCGGUAUCGAUGGACUGCCUUUAUCAAAAUGUAGUUCCAGUCAAUUUUGGCCAAUAUUGGCUUAUAUACAACCUCAUCAUAAAUAUGUGUUUCCAGUAGGAGUAUACCAUGGGUAUGAAAAACCAAAAGACAGCAAUGAAUUCUUACAAGAUUUGAUUUCAGAAAUUGUAGAGUUAACUGAAAAUGGUAUUACUAUAGCCAAUUUAAAAAUUCAAAUUCAAAUUCAAGUAAUAUGUUGUGAUGCACCUGCCAAAUCCUUUAUUAUGAGAAUAAAGGGCCAUUCUGGCUUCUCUUCUUGCACCCGUUGUGUACAUGAAGGAGAAUAUUGUAACAACCGUAUUUGUUUUCCUUACAUUGAUAAUGGUAGUGCAAGUAGAACUCAUGAUGAUUAUGUGUGUAUGAAAGAUGAAGAACAUCACAUUUCAUCUACUAUAUCAUGUAUAUCACUUAUCCCAGGCAUUGAUAUUAUUUCAUUGUUUUCUAUGGAUUACAUGCAUUUAGUAUGUUUGGGUGCAAUGAGAAAAUUAAUUAAUCUUUGGAUCAAGGGACCUCUUAAUAUCCGAUUACCUAGUUGGAAAAUAAAACUUAUUAGCACAUCACUUUGUAGCUUAAAGAUAAAUAUCACCAAUGAUUUCUCUAGAAAACCAAGAUCUUUAGAUGAAAUUAACAGAUGGAAAGCUACAGAACUGAGGCAGUUUCUUUUGUAUACAGGUAUUGUUGUUCUAAAAAAUGUGCUUAGCAAGGAAUGUUAUCAACAUUUUUUAGCGCUGAACAUAGCAAUGAGAAUUCUAUUGGGCUCCGAUCUUUCUCAAUAUCUAAACUUUGCCAAACAAUUAUUAGAAUACUUUGUAAAAACAUUUCAAGUGCUAUAUGGUAAACAAUUUGUAUCACAUAACAUACAUGGCUUGCUACACUUGACAGAUGAUUAUAUUCAAAAUGGACCUUUAGACAGUUGUAGUGCUUUUCCAUUCGAAAAUUAUAUGAAAAGUUUAAAAUCUAUGCUUCGCAAACAUGAAAAACCAUUACAACAGGUCAUCAAACGGUAUGAAGAGCAAUGUGAAAUUGGAAAUUGGAAAUUUGAAAAUGAACAAAAAAUUAAUUUUAAUUCUAAUAAACCAAAUUGUUAUGUUAUAACUCAUCGCGGAGAGAUAGUUAGAAUUGUUGAAAUGUUAAACUCUAGUAUCAUUGGACACAAAUUUAAUGUAAAAGAAGACUUAUAUGAUAUCCCUAUAAAAUCAUCAAAACUUGACAUUUACAUUGUUAAAAAUCUUUCUAAUGAUUUAGUUCAAUUUAGUAUAACAGAUGUAAAACAAAAAUUAUUAAUUUUUGAUUUUGAAAAUAAACAAAUUGUGGUACCUAUUCUCCACCACAAUUAA